AUGACGACCGCCCAUAGACCUACGUUCGAUCCCGCACGCGGCAAAGAGGCCCAGCGUGGACCUGCCUACCACCAGCGACUCCUCCCUGCGCAUACAACACUCAAGCAUAGACAACCAGGACAGGGCGGAGAUGCCGACAAGCACAAGCGUGACCUGCGCGCCGAGCUCUUGGAGGCAGAGGCGCGCUAUGCGGCGAAGAAGAACGGCACAUACGUAGAGCCGGACGCCGCGGCCGAGUCUGGAAGUGCGCCUAAGCGCCAGAUUGACAAUGUGUCAGUUGACGAAGAUGGCGAAGAAGAUGAAGCAGCACAGAAACGGCGGCGAAUAGAAUUACUUGAAAAGUUCAGGGAUGUGGAUGCGGACGAUAGCAGCAGUAGUGAGGAGGAGAGUAGCGACGAUGACGAUGAAGACGGCGAAGGAGCCCUCCAGAGGGAGCUCGAGAAGAUCAGAAAGGAGCGUGCUGCAGCUAAAGCCAAGGAGGAGGCCGAACGAGCUGCCGAAGAAGAACAACAACGUGAAAUCGAUGUUGCUCGGGGUAACCCUCUGCUCAACGCCAAAGACUUUACCAUGAAGCGCCGAUGGGACGACGAUGUCGUAUUCAAGAACCAAGCACGUGGUACAGAGGACAGGAACAAAAAGAAGGAAUUCAUCAACGACAUGCUGCGGUCCGACUUUCACAAGAAGUUCAUGUCCAAAUACGUGCGAUGA